UGACCCAAAUACUAAUUAUAAAAAUGUCAAUGUGAUUAAUCUUAAAUGGGGCAACGAAAUGCCACAAAUCUAUCUCAGUCGAUGCAAGUUUGGCAAUGGCCACUAUUGGCACACGACCAGACUUAGUGCCAGAAAGCAAUGUGCUACGACCAAAAUAAACACUACACUUUAGUCUGCACAUUAAAACCCUGAUAUUGAGAUUGAAAAGUGUUAAUUUGACAGUUGAAUUGUUAAAAUCCGGUGAUGAUUCUUUCUUGUCAAGUUUCAGAACGGUGAUUCGUGAAAAAAUUUUAUAUUUUGAAAUUCGAACUCGUUUUUGAGUGAUAGCCAACUGUUUUUUUGGAUUGAGCCAUCUAGCGGACAAACCCAACAUGUCUCUCCCAAUAAUUACUUCCAAAGACAGAAACACAAACAUGAAACUGACCCGGCUCUUCUACAAAUACGCAGACGAAAUGAAAGAGAAAGAGAGGAGAGAUGCGGCUGACAACGAGCCAGAAAAGGACUACGAAAAAUAUCCUCCAUACAAUUUCUCUUGGUUCAUCCCGAACAAAAUAGCCGCUAUGGGCUGGCCUCAAACUGUCGAAAACUUGAACUAUUUGGCUUACAAUGGGGUGGACCAUUUGGUGACUCUUUCGCCGGAGAAGAUACCGCCUAUUUUGGAGUGUGAGAUGAAGAUGAAGUGGUCGGAAGUCCCGGUGAAGGAGUUUGGGGCUCCGACGCUGAAGCAGAUUAUCAAGUUUAUCGAGAUCUGUGAGAGAGCCGAGAUUCGGGGGGAGACGGUGGGCGUGCACUGCCGGCACGGGCGCGGGCGCACGGGCACCAUGCUGGCGUGCUACCUCGUGCACUUCCGGGACAUGGCGCCCGAGCGGGCCGUGCUGACGGUACGGGUGCAGCGGCCCGGCUCCUGCGAAACCUACGAGCAAGAGAAGGCGGUGUGCCACUACCACGACUGUCUCCGCGGCACGGUGCCCAAGCCCGACUACCGACUUGUGGACGACAAGCCUUACUUCGACAGCACCAUGCGACAUCUUGACGAACAGGAAGUUAUCGAGGAGACGGAAGAGGAGCGGGAGGCGGCUCGCGAAGAGAAACGAAGGCUGAGGAAGCUGCGAGUGAAGGCGAUGGUUAUCAACCAUCAUAUUUAUUUCUAGGGGUUUGGGGUGGUGAUCUGCUGCCGCUACACGGGUUCGUUAUCGACUUUGAUAUACGUCACUAUGUCGAGGUUCGCCAUAAAUUCGAUACUGUUGGUACGCGCAUUAUCGAGUUAAAAUGUUUAUUGACGUCGAUAAAAUCCGUGUAGCGGCAGCAGGCUUGGUUGAGGGUUAGGGCAUGGUAGAUAAAAUGUUUGUAUGUAAGUAAUGAAUGCAUUUGAUUACAUUAUUAUAGAGUUAUUAUUAAAAAAUUCAAUCUUUUGGUAUUAAGAGGUA